AUGAAAGUACAACAUUUAUUCCUUCAUGAGCACUUCCAGUAUAGGAUCCCCUUGCAACAGUCACUGCAAGAAUCUUUGGACUGUCUCCGAAUCUGUCUCUCGCCAAAUCCCAAAUUUGUUUCUCUAGUCCGCGACCUUGGGUCUCACGGCCCCGCAUCUACCCCAGUAACACUAGUGUCAGCCGAGGAAGACUUGUCGAAACCAGCGUUGGAGUUUUUCGCCACCUAA